CAACCAACAUGGAGCCGCUGUUGCCAGUGGAGCGUGAUGUUGUGCGCCAGGUGAGUAGCAAUGAGAAGUUCCGCAGUCGGCAGCGCGGCUCCUUCAUGGCAGUCAUGGAUCCUUGGAACCCGCCCAUGCGAAUCAAGACACCGGAGAAGAGCAGCGCCAAUCUGUCUUGGUUUGAUUUGAAGUUAUGGUUGUCGGCGCUUUCUGCAGCAAUACCUCUCUUCUUGUUGAGCUACUCGUCAUGUGUCUCCUACGCUCAUCUCAUCGUCUCUGGUGCAGCGGCCUAUCCCAUCCGUGCGGUGGUCAUCAUGUCCAUGCACCUCUUUAGUUCCGGGCUCACAGGGCUGAUCUUACCUCUUCGCAGUACAUGUCCUAUGAUCAUCCCAUCAGCGGACAUUUCGGUGACAAUCUUCUACCAGAAGAUUGUCACAGAUAUCGUGGCUGCAGCUGAAGAAGAGGGUCUCAUUUCUCCGGAGAUGGUGGCAGCCACAGUGAUGCUGGCGCUGCCAUUCAAUACGUUGCUGAUGAGUUUGGUCUUCUACUUGGUGGGUAAGCAACAAAUGACCGUGGUGGUGUCCUAUUUGCCCUACCCAGUGGUGGCAGGUUUCCUAGGCUCCAUAGGUCUGGCCAUUUUCUUGGGAUCCUUCGCAGUGCUGGAAGAAGGUCUGCAAGGCUUUGGCGGCAUCCUGAAGGCUGCCAACGACCGGCCGUACGAAUUGAUGAGUGCGGCAGGUAUGGCGAUUGGCUCCAUCAUGCUGAAAUAUGUGGGCUUACCUGCGCGUGUCCUGGCCGUCACUCCGACGCUGGUGACCCUUGUCCUGUUCUGGACGGUUGUCAUGAUGUAUGGAGCAUCCUUGGAAGAAUGGCGGGAGGCGGGCUGGCUUUUUCCAAUGGCGGACUUUGAACCUUUCUGGUCACUCUGGUCGGAGCAAAGAAUUUCCCGCGUGGCCUGGAGAUUGCUACCGCCACGGCUCGCCACCUUCCUUGGUCUGGGUUUUGUGCUGGUCUUGUCCCUCACGUUGCGAAUUGCAGGGAUUGAGGGCUCCACCGGGUCAGCCAUCAAUGUGGACGACGAGGUCAAGUGGACGGGUCUUGCCUCAUUUGCCGCGGGCGCCUGCGGCACGGUCAUUGGCUCUCACUCACCUGGUUUGACCACCUUCAACGUAGAAGCUGGCACCACUACUGCGCAGGCAGCUGUGCUGACGGGUGUGCUUCAACUGCUGCUCUGGUUGAGUGGAUUCCCCGUGAUGAACAUGUUUCCUCGGUUUUUGCUUUCUGGCAUUCUGAUGAACCUGGGUUUGGUGAUGCUGCAGGAGUGGAUGUGGACUGCGCGACACAAGGUUGGCAUUCUCGGUCUCUUGGUCAUCUAUGCUCAGGUGGCCAGUUCGAUGAUGUACGGCUUGCUGCCCAGUGUGCUGGUCGGAGUAGCGGUGGCGCUACUGACGGCGCAGGCUCAGUUGAUGCGACUACACGUUUUGAAGUAUCACGUGUCCCGACUCUCGGUCCGCACCAAUCUGCAGCGCAGCCAGAGAGAGCGCGCCUUGUUGAACCAGCAUGGGAACUUCAUUGAAUGCCUGGGUUUGGAAGGCUUCCUCGCUGAAGGACCUAUCAUCAAGUUGUCCAACUAUGUUAGACACUACGUCGAAAACAACAAGAUGUUGCGGUUCAUCAUCUUCGACCUUCAAGCUUGUCAGGGUUGCAACGUCUCCGCCUACGCACUACUGGCGAAGUUGGACAAGGUCCUGCAGAACGAAGGGAUCGAGGCGCUCUACAGCAGCUUGGACUGCGAGAUGAGCUCCGGACUGAAGUCGUUCGGAGUUCCUGCGCAGCGCAUCUUCGAUACCCUCAGCAGUUCAAACAGUUCGUUCUUGCAAGCGCUGGAGCGAUGUGAGGACAUGGUCAUGGAAAGUCUGCUAGAGGGCUUUCAGCGGCAGAUUUCGCCUCUCCUGGAGGUCUCUGAGACGCCGGAGCAGAUGAUGCAGAUCGAACUUCAAGACUUCCUAGGUUUGAGCCAGGAGCAGGCCGUGAGGCUGGUGAAGGCGGGAAGAUUUUGCUGCAAGGACGUGAACAGCCGCCUUGCUCGGCAAGGCAUGGUGGAGCAGAAUAUGUACAUCGCCGUGCCCAACUACAGCAAGGUGGUAGAGACGGUAGAUGUGGGCUCCAACUGUGGAGCAGAACAGGAAGUGAGCUUGAGUCGCUUCGGAUUCGUUUGCUGCAUGGAGAGCGUACUCUAUGAUGAGCCUGCAAGGGCCACAUGUCGAGUGCUCAUUCCCUCUCAGCUGCUCAUGUUGAGCAAGGCGGCCGCGCGACAACUCGUCGACUCAGAUCCAGCCUUAGGGAAUCGUUUGAGUCGCGUGGUGGCGCAACAGUGUUUGCGUCAAAGCGACGCUUUGCGGCAAGCCUUGCAACUCAGCGAGGGGGGCGGAUGGAAAGGCGGUCACUUUGAUCUACACACGGCGAGUGUGUGCAUGAAGAUGAUUGACAAUGAAAAGGGCACGGCUUGUGGCAGCGAGUCCCAGCAGGUCGCGCAGCAUUUCAGCACCUUGAGGUCCCCCACUGUGAUACGACGAAAGAGGCCUUUGUCGCCAAAGGGGAAGGUCUAUCGUGCCAGUACCAUUGAGAAUUGGUCUAUGAAUUGGAUGGAGAAUCGGGAGAAUCGUCAAUCUGUGUGAGGUCAACAAAAUCAAGAAACAACCAAAUUGAUUCAUAGAUAGACAC